AUUAGCCGGCACUUCUGAAGCACCUGGUGAAUAUUUCUUUUCUGAUGGUGUUCGUCUUAAGAAAUAUCGUGGAAUGGGUUCACUUGAAGCAAUGGAACGUCGAGAUGCUAAAGGUGCUGCCAUGUCGCGUUAUUAUCAUAACGAAAUGGAUAAAUUAAAGGUAGCACAAGGUGUUAGCGGUAGUAUUGUUGACAAAGGAUCUGUUUUACAUUAUUUACCAUAUUUGGAAUGUGGCUUACAGCAUAGUUGUCAAGAUAUUGGCGCACGUUCGAUUGAUGAGUUAAAAAAAAUGAUUUACAAUGGCGAAUUACGUUUUAUGAAACGUACACAUUCCGCUCAAGUUGAAGGCAAUGUUCAUGGCUUGUUCUCAUAUGAGAAACGUCUCUUCUAACAUAUGUCGUCUGUGCAUUACAACAUUAACGGAAACAUAACUAGCAACAUCACUAGCAGCAAUGUCAACAAUAUGUUAAAGAAUUCGAAAUCAAAUUUAUUAUUUCGAAAUUCUUCAACAUUACAAAUACAACAACAGCAACAACAACAAUCGAGUAAACAGCAGCAGUUAAGUUUUUUUUAAAUACUUAAAUAGUUUAAAAUCUCUGUUACAUCUAAUCUAAUACAUUCAAUAGCAUUUCUAUAAAUGCUUUAGUUGUAGUUAAAUAAUAUGUAACUUAUUAUAUGGAAGAUUUGUUUAUGUCAAGAUCUAUUCUCAAACACUGAUAUCUGAUCAGUUUAUAUGUAACUAAAGCGAUUCCUAUAUUACCGAAUUAUCAUCUAUAAUUCUUUUUCAGUCAUUUUUAUAAUUAAAAGUACUUAACGUAUAAUUAUUUUAUGGUUUCGCAUACCACUCAAUAUAUGUGUAUAUAUACAUGAUAUACAUGUAUGAUAUCUAAUAUUAAUUGAGGCGGCAGUCAUUUACGUUCAACUGAUUUCAAUCACAUGACUUCAAUGUGGUCAUGAACUGUGUUUUGUAUAUGUUAUUUAAAAUUUUUUAUUAACAUAACAUACAUUACAUUGAAGAAUUUAUAAUUAUCUGUUAUAUCUGCUUAAUAGUCUAUCUAUAGAAUACAAGAGAUCGUAAUUUUGCAUUCUUCUCGUUCGGCUCACUUCGUUAUAAAAACGAGUAACAAAAUAAAUAUCCCAUUCACACCGCUUAUAACUUUCUGAAGUUAUUGUUGUUUGUGGUUUUCAAACUCUCUUAUAACCUUCUGGCGCAAGUAAAAGCAAUGUGCAAAUUUAAUUAAAAAUUUCUGUUUUCCUCUUUUACGCUCUCGCAUUAUCACAUAAUUAGCUGUAGUUGUUUCUCAAUUUUCGCAAUUUGCUUUAAUUUCUGAUUGAAGCUACUUUGAGAACAAAUAGGGUUUCUGCAAGAAACCUUAAAUUUUGUAAUAUGAAUUGGAUAUAAGAUGAAAUCAAGAUUUGCUGUGUAAACACGCUUUCAAAGAAUGGAGUCAAACAAGUACAUAAAAAUAAUAUUUCUAUUUCAUAUUAAAUAGAAAAUUUUCUUCUAUUAUAUAUGAAUUUUCUUAAAGUCUAUAUUUGGACGACAGAAAGAAUCUUAAUUUCGUUCUUAAUUUUAAUUUCAUUAAGUCGAAUUAAAAUGAGAAUCU